AAAUCAAAGCUUUUGUCUGAUAUAAGUGCUCGUCUCUGGUUUACGUACCGAAGGAAAUUUUCACCAAUAGGAGGAACAGGUCCAUCAUCAGAUUCUGGCUGGGGGUGUAUGCUACGUUGUGGACAAAUGAUGCUGGCCCAGGCCCUCAUCUGCAAGCACCUGGGAAGGGACUGGUGUUGGGAGAUGCAACAAGAACAGCCUGAAGAAUAUCACCGAAUCUUACAGUGCUUCUUAGACAGGAAAGACUGCUGUUAUUCUAUCCAUCAAAUGGCACAAAUGGGCGUAGGAGAAGGAAAAUCGAUUGGUGAAUGGUUUGGACCAAAUACAGUUGCACAAGUGUUAAAAAAACUUGCUUUAUUUGAUGAAUGGAAUUCCUUGGCUGUUUAUGUCUCAAUGGAUAACACAGUGGUCAUCGAAGAUAUCAAAAAACUGUGCCACAUGUGCCCUUCCAACCUGACCCAUGACAGUUCUCCCAGUCCUGGGAAUGGCCUUGACCAGAGUACACAUCUUCCUGAGCCCAGCCCUGCCUGGAGGCCUCUUCUGCUUAUUAUACCCCUUCGCUUGGGCAUAAACCAAAUUAACCCUGUCUAUAUUGAUGCAUUUAAAGAGUGUUUUAAGAUGCCACAGUCUUUAGGUGCAUUAGGAGGAAAGCCAAAUAGCGCUUAUUAUUUCAUAGGAUUUUUGGGAAACGAGCUCAUCUACCUGGAUCCUCACACCACUCAAACUUUUGUGGACUCUGAGGAAGAUGGAACAGUGGAUGAUCAGAGUUUUCAUUGCCAGCAAUCCCCACAUCGAAUGCAGAUUCUGAACUUGGACCCUUCAGUUGCAUUGGGAUUCUUUUUCAAAGAAGAAGAAGAUUUUGAUAAUUGGUGUAGGCUCGUUCAAAAGGAGAUCCUAAAGCCACAGAGUUUACAGAUGUUUGAGCUGGUUCAGAAGCAUCCAGCCCAUUGGCCUCCAUUCAUACCUCCAACCAAACCAGAAGUGACGACUACAGGUGCAGAACUCAUUGAAUCCACCAAUAACCUGUCUGAACUGGAAGAAGACUUUGAGAUUUUGAGUAUGUGAAGUAGUGCCAUCCAGCCUGUGUCCACCACCUGGCACCACAUUGCUGAGAACCUUUCUAGCCAGAGUGCCUGAAUCACCAACAGCACAGAACUCAAUUUCAAUCCAAACUGAAUCAGUUACUCUUUUGCUAUGAGCUCUGUCCUUAGAGAGAGAGAGAGAAAUUGAGUGAGUGAGACAGAGAGAG